AUGUCCCAAACCAAUCCCCUGCUCACUCGAAUCUCUUGCACGGUCAAAUCAUGCAUAAGCACAUUCUCGAAUAUCGGCGCAAGAACACAACACUUCAACCGCAUGCAUCGGAAGAAGCCCAACACAAUACCGCCUCUCCAGGAGCAGGAAAAUCGGUCCCGCCAUGACAGCCUAUCGCCAGCCAGUGGUGACCUACCACUACCGACGACGUUGGACGAUGUUCCUAUGGAUGGAGAUGAAGAUAUUAGGAGUGGGGAUUCUUCAAUGCAGGCGGAUGACAGGUCUGCGCAUGUGGCCCACGCUUCGUUCCAUGGUGUGAGGUGCUCGACGACCGGUGUUGACCUCUCAGAAGAAGAAAUCGCUCGAGGCCCAGUCAGCCCUUCCCAGCCCGAUUAUAAACCAUUCAACGAUCGAACACAUUUUGAAAUUACCGACUUUCUUUACCGCCGUGUUCGCAUGCCAGCAGGCCGUGUUAAUGAGCUCAUGACGUUGUGGGCUGCUCAUGCUGUAAUGACUGGUGGCUCGCCUCCCUUCCUCAACAGCGACGAUCUCCAUGCGACCAUCGAUGCGAUCUCACAUGGCGAUGCACCCUGGAAAUCAUUCGCAAUCUCAUACAACGGUAACGACAUCGACCCUCAAGGAACCAGUGCCAGCUGGAAGUAUCAAGAGUAUGAAGUGUGGUUCCGGGAUCCGCUCGCUGUCAUCCGAAAUAUGCUGUCAAAUCCGGAUUUCGACGGCGAGUUCGACUAUGCACCUUUCCGCCAAUUCAACCGUCACGGAGAGCGCGAGUUUAAGGAUUUUAUGUCUGGGGACUGGUGUUGGGCUGAAGCGAAUAAAAUCCUUCGCGCUCAUCCUACCACACGAGGGAACCUUCUCGUCCCCAUCAUUCUCGGUAGCGACAAGACUACUGUUUCAGUAGCAACAGGUCAAAAUGAUUACUACCCGCUGUAUCUCUCAAUUGGCAACAUCCACAACAACGUGCGGCGGGCGCAUCGGGAAUCUGUCAUUCCCAUCGGCUUUCUGGCUAUUCCCAAGAGUGAACGGAAGCAUGACUCAGACCGCCAAUUCCUUCGUUUCCGACGACAGCUCUUCCACACCACACUCCAGGCAAUAUUGGAAAGCCUCAGGCCAUACAUGGAAGAGACCCCAGACAUCACCCUCUGCCCUGACGGUUUCUACCGACGCGUCACAUACAGUAUUGGGCCAUACAUUGCCGACUACCCGGAGCAGGCACUCCUUGCUUGUGUCGUGCAAGGCUGGUGCACCAAAUGUACAGCUUGGGUAGAUGAUCUCGACAACGAUAAAGACGCUUUUUUACGGACCCACGAGUGGACGCAAACGAUGAUUGAUGGUUUCGAAGCUCAGGAGGUAUGGGAUGCGUACGGUAUCAUUCCUGAUGUCACCCCUUUUACGCAGUCCUUUCCUCGUGCGAACAUCCACGAACUCCUCGCUCCGGACCUCUUACACCAAAUCAUCAAAGGAACUUUUAAAGACCACCUCAUCUCGUGGAUAGGAGACUACCUGGUGAAAGAGUAUGGUGAAGCGAUGGCAAAUACUAUCUGGGACGAUAUUGAUCGAAGGAUAUCUGUGGUCCCACCCUUCCCUGGUCUACGACGAUUUCCCGAUGGCAGAAGAUUUAAGCAAUGGACCGGCGACGACUCCAAGGCAUUGAUGAAGGUUAUCCUUCCUGCACUGGUCUCCAAGGUCCCCGAUGAUUUUAUCCACUGCAUGGCGGCUUUCCUCGACUUUUGUUACCUAGUCCGCCGAUCUGUCAUCACCGAAACCGACCUCAACACUCUCGACGAGACCCUUGCUCGUUUUCACCACUACCGCGAGGCCUUCCGGAAGGAAGGCGUUCGAGAUCACUUCUCACUUCCUCGGCAACACGCUCUGACCCACUACCGGCUUCUUAUUCAACAGUUCGGCGCACCAAAUGGGCUGUGCUCAUCGAUCACGGAGGCAAAGCAUAUAAAGGCAGUGAAGGAGCCAUGGCGUCGGUCCAAUAAGUACAACGCUCUUGGUCAGAUGCUUCUGACCAACCAACGCAUCUCGAAGCUCGGCGCACUUCACGCAUAUCUUAAAGCCAAAGGCCUUCUCGAGGGCACCAUUGCCGAUCACCUCCACAUGCUUUUGCAACAGCUUCAGGACAGUGUUGAGGAGAUGGACGGUGACCUUAGUGCCACUGAGGAUGAGGACGAGGAGGGGGAGGAGGACGACAGUGAAUUAGCGGACGAAGCGGUGGAAGAUGAUGAUGGAGGACCGGUCCCUGGGGUGGACAUCCUGGGAGAGGUGGUUCUAGCAAGGACACCAGAGCGUAUUUCCAUCCCCAACAUCAAAACACUGGCAGACCAGCUCAAUCAAGCUCAUUUCGACCUUGUCUACCUUGUCACUACGUUUCUUGAAGAACAGCUCGAAGCUCGACACCGUCACCCGCCGCCCGUGGAUCUCUUGAAGUGCAAGAAGAUUCGAAGAUUCAAAUCCGCCAUUGCCACAUUUUGCGCGCCCAGUGACCCCUCAGGUCUCGGAGGACUGAAGACCGAACGUAUACGGGCGACGUCAUCAUGGAGGGGUCAGGGUCCACGUUACGAUACCGUCUAUGCAGUUGUCAACGAGGGACUCGAGGGGAUGCGCGCACUUGCAGUCCUGCGAGUCAAGGCUUUCUUUUCGUUCGACUAUGACGACCAGUACUACCCCUGCGCACUGGUGGAGUGGUUCUCUGUGGUCGGUGAUCGACCAGACCCACUCACAGGGCUUUGGAUUGUAGAGCCCGAUGUCAACCGCCGUGGGGAUCGGGACACGACCGUUGUCCACAUCGAUACGAUAUGGCGCCUGGCUCAUUUGAUUCCUGUUUACAGCCAUUCUUGUAUUCCAUUUGAACUUCAUUUCUCCGAUACUCUUGAUGUAUUCCAUUUGUUCUAUUCAAACAAUGAAGCUACCAAAAUAAGGAGCAUCGAUCCCAAUCUAAAACGCGAACGAUCCCCUUCUAGCUCGCCACCUUUCCGUGUGCCUCCACGUCGCUGCCAAUACAACUGGUCCAAUUCCCCCGACCCCAAUCGCCCCCCUCCCCUCUUUGAUAUUGACACAAGCCCUGUCCGACCGAUAAAAAUUCCACCCUUGAGGAGCCGUAGGAGUGAUUCUGCAACCACCACGGCAGCAUCAGCUCCUAGAAGCUCCAACGCACCAAUGGAAAAAGUGGAGAGGGAAGAUAGCCCUGAGGGAAUGGAACGGCAGAAGAUCGGGUUAUACCAGGAAAACAAAACAGCAGAGUCAGCAUCGUCUCUCGGACAGUUCAAGCCGCCCCGACUCACUGAUCUUACGGUAAAGGAGCGAGGCAUCGAAGAAGAAAUCAAGGCGAAGAUCAAUCUACUUUCAGAUACACGGCUUCAGCAAGCUCGGUCUGAGAUUUCGGUUCUACGCGCAAAGCUUAAACUUCAGGAGACAUGGGUUGAGCGGUUGGAGGCGACGCUGGUAGCAAAUAAAAUCCCUCUCCCAGACUUCCCGGUUGUUCACAUUUGA